AUGCGUAUGCUGUUGAACCGCCAGCGGUCAGUAAAAUGUUAAAAAGAAUAUCUAAUAAUGGUAUAUUUAUUUUAACGGAAAGCAACAAUUGAUAUCUGACACUGAUAUAUCAGAAACAAAGACUAUAUAUUCUGCCUGUAUAUUGUUAACACUGUUACAAAACGUUGCGAGGAUAAAAAUAGUGUGAAUCAAGACAAAUGAAAUAAAUCAUCACGUAUCUAUCACUAUCAUUCACUACGAAACAAUGAAAACUGGUGGUGUCCGUCGUAUUAUGGUUUGUUAAAUCGCAAUUGGAAUACAUGUAUUUCUUAUAAUGUGUUUCAUAAUGUUUCUCUGAACUAAACAAGCGAGCAAAAUUAUAUAAAAUUAUGCAAUAUACGUUCUGCAUUACAUAUUAUAACAAAUUUGUAAGUGCACAAUAGACAUUUAAUAUAUACACAUAAUGUAUAAAAAGCAAGCGAUAAAUAGCAAUUAAUUUUAAUUGAUACCCGACUGUCUGCAAUGUCUCUCACGUGAUGAAACAUCGUAGUCUCCGCAAAGACUGACAACCACUAUUCUCAUUAACUAAAUCUAAAUGAUUGAGAUCAUUCUCGAUUGUAAUUAUGUUGACCAUCGAUUUAAUUAUAAUUCCUACCGCUCCAGUAGCGCUGGUAUCUUAUUUUAUAUUAAACCGAUAACGUCAUAUGUGACACGGAAAUGAUAUGGGGGUUAGGUGAUCCAAAAACGUAGGAUACGAAAAGUUAUUAAAUGUCACGUCUAUUCCUUUAAUACCUUAUCGGUGCUUGUAUAUAGCUACCUGUCUUGAUAAAAGAUUCGAAGAGUAAAAGAGAGAGAGAGAAAGAUAACUGACGAUGAUUGACGACUGUUUUAUUUUUUAAAUGUAUAGCAAGCAUAGUGAUCAAGAGUAUCACGAUAUUCAAUAAUAUUUAACUUUAUGAUCGAACUUAAAAGUAGUUUGUUUUACUUUAUGCGGAUAGUAAUUAUUAGAAUGAUUCAUUAUAAAUGCAGGCAAGGUUUUUACCCAUCUAGUAAUGUAAAACGUUUCGAAGUACCUGAAAAUAAAGUGGCAUGGAACAUUGAAUAUUCAGAAUAUAAGCCAAUUAAGUAUACCGCUCCAAGCCUCAAGGGAAAACCAUGGGCAGAUUUGGAAAUCGAUGAUAUUUCAUUUCAACCAAAAUGGAAUGCUGUUGAUGGAAAUGUGAAUCGUAAAAGUUUUACAAAUGACUAUGUUAUAAACGAAGAUGGUUGUCCUUUAAAUCCCAUUGGUCGUACUGGUAUCAUAGGACGUGGACUCUUAGGACGAUGGGGACCAAAUCAUGCAGCAGAUCCAAUUGUGACCCGUUGGAAACAGGAUAUUACAGGUGUAACAGAAAUAAAUAAAGAUACAAAUAAACCAAUUUUGGAAUUCGUUGCUAUACAAAGACAAGAUUCUGGAGAAUGGGCUAUUCCUGGUGGAAUGGUUGAUCCAGGUGAAACAGUCUCAAGAACUUUAAAAAGAGAAUUCAUGGAAGAAGCCAUGAAUUCUUUAAAAAGGGAUAGAGCAGAAAAUGAAGAAUUAGAAAAAUCUCUAAGAAAAUUUUUUGAACAGGGAGAAGAAAUUUAUAAAGGAUAUGUAGAUGAUCCUAGAAAUACGGAUAAUGCUUGGAUGGAAACCGUAGCUUUAAAUUUUCAUGAUCAUGAUAAUAAUGUUCUUGGAAAUAUAAAGCUAGUGGCUGGUGAUGAUGCACUUAAUGUACAAUGGAUGGAUAUUGAUAGAAAUUUGAACUUAUAUGCUAAUCAUAGUGAGUUUAUCAGAAAGACAGCAGAAAAACGUAACGCGCAUUGGUAAAGACAUUAAAAUUUUUAGUAAAUAGAACGUGCAUAAUUAUUUUCAUCUUUUAUUAUAUUGAAGAUUACAAAAAUUGAUCGAGAUCGCUUAUAUACAUACAGGAGAAUAUGAUAUUUUGUAUGUAUCAGUUUGUAGAAAAAGAAUAAAAUCACAUAUUAUAAAAUGAAAA